AUGGGCGCGGCGGCCGUGCGCUGGCACUUGUGUGUGCUGCUCGCCCUGGGCGCGCGCGGGCGGCUGGCGGGGGGCAGCGGGCUCCCAGGGGCCGUCGACGUGGACGAAUGCUCGGAGGGCACAGAUGACUGCCACAUCGAUGCCAUCUGCCAGAACACGCCCAAGUCCUACAAAUGCCUCUGCAAGCCAGGCUACAAGGGGGAAGGCAGGCAGUGUGAAGACAUCGACGAGUGUGAGAAUGACUACUACAACGGGGGCUGUGUGCACGAGUGCAUCAAUAUCCCGGGGAACUACAGGUGCACCUGCUUUGACGGCUUCAUGCUGGCACACGAUGGACACAACUGCCUGGAUGUGGACGAGUGUCAGGACAACAACGGUGGCUGCCAGCAGAUCUGUGUCAAUGCCAUGGGCAGCUACGAGUGUCAGUGCCACAGCGGCUUUUUCCUCAGCGAUAACCAGCACACCUGCAUCCACCGCUCCAAUGAGGGUAUGAACUGCAUGAACAAAGACCAUGGCUGUGCCCACAUCUGCCGAGAGACGCCCAAAGGUGGGGUGGCUUGUGACUGCAGGCCCGGCUUUGACCUUGCCCACAACCAGAAGGACUGCACACUAACCUGUAACUAUGGAAACGGAGGCUGCCAGCACAGCUGUGAGGACACGGACACAGGCCCCAUGUGCGGCUGCCACCAGAAGUACGCCCUGCACUCAGACGGUCGGACGUGCAUCGAAAAGGAUGAGGCUGCAAUUGAGCGCUCUCAGUUCAGUGCCACGUCAGUAGCUGAUGUGGACAAGCGGGGGAAACGGCGGCUCCUCAUGGAGACGUGUGCAGUAAAUAACGGAGGCUGCGACCGGACGUGCAAGGACACGGCCACCGGCGUGCGAUGCAGCUGCCCAGUUGGAUUCACACUGCAGCCGGAUGGGAAGACGUGCAAAGACAUCAACGAGUGCCUGGUCAACAACGGAGGCUGCGACCACUUCUGCCGCAACACCGUGGGCAGCUUCGAGUGCGGCUGCCGGAAGGGGUACAAGCUGCUGACCGACGAGCGGACGUGCCAAGACGUCGACGAGUGCUCCUUCGAGCGGACCUGUGACCACAUCUGCAUCAACUCUCCGGGCAGCUUCCAGUGCCUGUGCCGCCGCGGCUACACCCUCUAUGGGACAACCCACUGCGGAGAUGUGGACGAGUGCAGCAUGAACAACGGGAGCUGCGACCAGGGCUGUGUCAACACCAAGGGCAGCUACGAAUGCGUCUGCCCCGCAGGGAGGCGCCUCCACUGGAACCGGAAGGACUGCGUGGAGACGGGCAAGUGCCUUUCUCGGGCCAAGGCCUUACCCCAGGCCCAGCUGUCCUGCAGCAAGGUGGGCGGUGUGGAAAGCUGCUCCCUUUCCUGCCUGGCCCACACACUCUUCAUGCCAGACUCAGACGACAGCUACAGCCUGAGCUGCGGUGUCCCGGGCCUCCAGGGCAAGAUGCUACAGAAACGCAACAGCACCGGCUCCAGCACCGGGCCCAGCUGCUCAGGUGCCCCUGCCACCCUCAUCAGGCAGAAGGCCCGGUUCAAGAUUCGAGAUGCCAAGUGCCACCUCCGGGCCCGAAGCCGGGAGCCGGCAAAGGAGGCCCUGAGGCAGUUGCUGCUGGAAAACUGCCACGUGACCUUUGUGACCCUCAAGUGUGACUCCUCGAAGAAGAGGCGCCGUGGCCGAAAGUCCCCAUCCAAGGAGGUGACCCACAUCACAGCAGAGUUCGAGGUUGAGACAAAGAUGGAAGAGGCCUCAGACACCUGCGAGGCCGAGUGCGUGCAGAAGCGAGUGGAGCAGAGCCUGCAGGCCGCCGUCAAGACUCUGCGCAAGUCCGUCAGCCGGCAGCACUUCUCCGUCCAGGUCGCAGGCACGGUGUACGAGGUGGCCCAGCGGCCGGCCAAGGCCCUGGAGGGCCAGGGGACGUGUGGCACAGGCCAGGUGCUGCAGGACGGCAAAUGCGUGGCCUGCGGGCCUGGCACCUACUUCAGCGGAGAGCCAGGCCAGUGUGUGCCAUGCACGCCGGGGACCUACCAGGACGGGAACGGCCAGCUCAGCUGCACGCCGUGCCCCAGCAGCGACGGGCUCGGCCUGGCUGGUGCCCGCAACGUAUCCGAGUGUGGAGGCCAGUGCUCUCCAGGCUUCUUCUCCACCGACGGCUUCAGGCCCUGCCAGGCCUGCCCCGUGGGCACGUACCAGCCAGAGCCUGGGCGCACGGGCUGCUUCCUCUGCGGAGGGGGGCUGCUCACCAAGCACGAGGGCACAGCCGCCUUCCAAGACUGUGAGGCCAAAGUGCACUGCUCCCCCGGCCACCACUACAACACCACCACCCACCGGUGCAUCCGCUGCCCCGUCGGCACCUACCAGCCCGAGUUUGGCCAGAACCACUGCGUCACCUGUCCGGGCAACACCAGCACAGACUUCGACGGCUCCACCAACGUCACACACUGCAAAAACCAGCACUGCGGCGGCGAGCUUGGCGACUACACGGGCUACAUCGAGUCCCCCAACUACCCUGGCGACUACCCGGCCAAUGCCGAGUGCGUGUGGCACAUCUCGCCGCCCCCCAAGCGCAGGAUCCUCAUCGUGGUCCCCGAGAUCUUCCUGCCCAUCGAGGACGGGUGUGGCGACGUCCUGGUCAUGAGGAAGAGCGCCUCACCCACCUCUAUCACCACCUAUGAGACCUGCCAGACCUACGAGAGGCCCAUCGCCUUCACCUCCCGCUCCAGGAAGCUCUGGAUCCAGUUCAAAUCCAAUGAAGGCAACAGUGGCAAAGGGUUCCAAGUACCUUAUGUCACCUACGACGAGGACUACCAGCAGUUAAUAGAAGAUAUCGUCCGCGAUGGACGGCUCUACGCCUCAGAGAAUCACCAGGAAAUUUUGAAAGACAAGAAGCUGAUCAAGGCCCUCUUCGACGUGCUGGCGCAUCCCCAGAACUACUUCAAGUACACAGCCCAGGAGUCCAAGGAGAUGUUCCCGCGGUCCUUCAUCAAACUGCUGCGCUCCAAGGUGUCCCGGUUCCUGCGACCCUACAAAUAA